CUUUUUCUUUUGAUGAUAAAAGCAUUUGCAUGAUGCUUUCGAACACCUUUCUCUUUUUUCUCCACUUUUUUUUUUUUGGUUUCUCUCUCGCUCUAGGAUCGUGCUUUAAUCACUUCUGUCAUUUUUCUGUGCCUAGAAUGGUGCUUGGUUUUAAUUUUGCCAUUUUCUCUCUCUAGAAUACAAUAAAGUGAAUCUCUCUCUUAAAUGAUGCUUAUUUUGUUACUUUCUCUCUCUGGAAGACGCUAUUUAGCUGAAUUGCUCUCUUGUUUCUCUCUCUAGAAUGAUGAUGCUUUAAUUUUAAGAUCUCAUUUUCCCUUUCUAGACGAUGGGUGUGUGUAUAUAUGGAAAGUGCAAAUAUUACUUUUAUUUUUAUUUUCAUUUUUUUUCCUUAUUAAUACAAGCUACCUAACAUCAACUUUUAGAUUAUGCUUUAACUCUCUCCAUUCAAACCAGUAAAACUGUUGAAUUUUAUUUCUGUCCCUGAAAAUUGCAAAAGAAUCUUGCCUUCUCUUUGUUUUAUUUAUUUUCUAAAUCUUAAUAUUUGAGAGUGACUGCUAGUGGACUGUGGGAUCCUUUAGAUCAAAGACUGCUGGAAAUCACAAGAGUGCUAUUAAGAUAGACGACGAGGGUAAAGUAGUCAUUAUCAUGUUGGGAGGAAUGGUGUGUCUGUCGUGUGUCUGGAUCAUAGCACCUAUGUACAGUAAGGAGACGCCAAGAGAAUCUAACAUAGAUUUGACUUUUAAACUCCACAUGUCCUCUGAAGUUGGAGCAAUUAAUUUUUGUACCAAUAGCAAAAAGAUUUUUGGCCUUGCUUCUUUUCUCUGUGUGUAUUAAAGGGCUUUUAAUGUUGAUUAUUGAGAACUAUUAUUUAUAUCCAAACAUGUUUCACUCAGAUAACAGAUUUUUUUGUGUAAAUACCUUUUGGAAUUUGUAUUUCAUUGCCAGAAAGGAUAAUUUUGUGGCUGAUUGGACAGCCAAAACAUGGUAUUUGCUGUCUAGAUUCUGUGAUUUGAUAUCCAAACCUCCAGAUAAACCAUACUUUUUGCUGAGAAAUAUUUCUUCCUUUCUUCCUCAGCAAUGAAUUAAUUCCUUGGUUAAGAAAUAAAACAAAAUAAGAUUUACGGGCAAAAAUUAUUGGACUGCUUUGACUUUUUUUCUUUUUAAAAAUGCUAUUCUGCUACAUGCUGCUUAUUGUUUUAGUGAUUAGUAAUCUUAGUUUUGGUCUGAUUUUUUUUGGCAAGUAAACUGAGACAAUAGUACUGUUUGUUGUUUGGAAUAAAUAUGAAGUAAAUAAUCUAUUUUUCGUAAGAGCAAAUAUGAUCAUGAUUGGAAGGAAGAGAAGAAAAUUACAUCAAUGUUCCUGGAUUGAAUAUGAUAUCUACUAACAAGCAAGUGCAUUGGAUGGAAAUGAAGUACAGAAGGCAAAAGAAUAAUGCUGUUUUAGGUGUAAUAUAUGAGAAGUAUCAUGUCUAUUAUGGAGGUGCAGAAGAAGAGAGAAAAGCCAACUACACUGACAUGGUCAAUAAAUACUAUGAUCUUGUUACUAGCUUUUAUGAGUUCGGCUGGGGAGAGUCUUUCCAUUUUGCACACAGAUUUAAAGGGGAGUCUCUUCGAGAAAGCAUCAAACGACAUGAACACUUUCUGGCUUUACAGCUUGGCCUGAAACCUGGACAGAAGGUUUUGGAUGUUGGAUGUGGAAUUGGUGGACCACUAAGAGAAAUUUCUCGUUUCAGUUUGACAUCAGUUACAGGGUUGAACAACAAUGAAUAUCAGAUCACAAGAGGAAAGGUACUAAAUCGCAUAGCAGGAGUGGACAAGACCUGUGAUUUUGUAAAGGCCGACUUCAUGAAAAUGCCAUUUCCUGCCAAUAGUUUUGAUGCAGUGUAUGCAAUUGAAGCUACUUGCCAUGCACCAGAUGCAUACGGAUGCUACAGUGAGAUUUACAGAGUAUUGAAGCCUGGGCAAUUUUUUGCCGCAUAUGAGUGGUGCAUGACUGAUUCCUUUGAUCCCAAUAACCAAGAACAUCAGAAAAUUAAGGCAGAGAUCGAAAUUGGCGAUGGCCUUCCAGAUAUUAGGUUAACUGGGCAAUGCAUUGAAGCUCUCAAAAAAGCUGGUUUUGAUGUCAUAUGGUCAGGUGAUCUUACAGCAAGCUCACCUGUCCCAUGGUACUUGCCUCUGGACAAAAAUCAAUACUCUCUGACUGGUUUCCGGUUAACAGCUAUUGGAAGAUUUUUCACUAGAAACAUGAUAAAGGCUCUAGAAUUUGCAGGACUUGCUCCGAAGGGAAGUCAAAGGGUUCAAGAUUUUCUUGAGAAGGCUGCGGAGGGAUUAGUGGAAGGUGGAAGGAAGGAGAUUUUCACACCAAUGUUCUUCUUCCUGGCUCAGAAACCACAUUCAGAGAACCAGUAAGGAGACUUCCACACCCUAAUGCAAAUUAAAUAGCCUGCUGCUUCUAACUAUGAAAUCUUCCUGGACAUUGUGACUGGGUAGAUACGUUUCUAAUUGCUAUAACAAAGAUAGGCAGCUUCUUCCAUGCUUAUGCAAUGUCUCAUCCGCGUUCAAUUUCUAGAGUUUUGGUUUUGUACCUCUUGCUGUUUGCUCGUCUUCAUGUCAUCAAACUUCUGCUCCAUUCUGGUUUCUUAUGCAAUCUAACAAAUUUAGUUGACAUUGAUUCUUGCCUGAUAUUUCUGUAUGGUCCCAUUCUUGUUAUAUCAAAUUUUCUGUUAUUUU